GUUAGCGGGCUGCGCGCCGGCUUUCUUCCUGGAUUCAUUGCGGCUGCUCUUUGCGGAUUAUAGUCGGCGGACAGAGCUCGCAGUGACGUCAUCGCCGGCGCUCUCCGCUUACUUUUAUUGCUCCCGGUUUGGCGCUCAUGGCGGGGAACUUCUGGCAGAGCUCUCACUAUUUGCAAUGGAUAUUGGAUAAACAAGAUUUAUUAAAGGAACGACAAAAGGACUUGAAGUUCUUAACGGAGGAAGAGUAUUGGAAGCUGCAGAUAUUUUUUACAAAUGUCAUUCAAGCUUUAGGGGAACACCUUAAAUUAAGGCAGCAGGUCAUAGCUACCGCCACUGUUUACUUUAAAAGGUUCUAUGCUCGGUAUUCUUUAAAAAGUAUAGACCCUGUAUUAAUGGCACCGACUUGUGUCUUUUUGGCAUCCAAAGUAGAGGAAUUUGGUGUUGUUUCAAACACAAGGUUAAUCUCUGCUGCUACUUCUGUAUUAAAAACUAGGUUUUCUUAUGCAUUUCCUAAAGAGUUUCCGUACAGGAUGAAUCAUAUACUGGAAUGUGAAUUCUACUUACUAGAGCUAAUGGAUUGUUGCUUGAUAGUGUAUCAUCCGUAUAGACCUUUGUUACAAUAUGUGCAAGAUAUGGGACAAGAAGACAUGCUGCUUCCACUGGCUUGGAGAAUAGUGAAUGACACAUACCGGACAGACCUUUGUUUGCUGUACCCUCCUUUCAUGAUUGCUCUUGCCUGCCUGCACGUGGCAUGUGUUGUUCAGCAGAAGGAUGCACGCCAGUGGUUUGCAGAACUUUCCGUAGACAUGGAGAAGAUCUUAGAAAUUAUUCGUGUUAUUCUGAAGCUUUAUGAACAGUGGAAAAACUUUGAUGAGCGGAAAGAAAUGGCUGCCAUUCUUGGUAAAAUGCCAAAACCAAAGCCACCACCUAACAGCAAUUACUUGUCUUUGAGUACUGCUCCUUGGAAUCUUAGAAAUUGAAGGGGAACAGGGACCAAAUGGAAACCAAAGCUCCAGUUACAGCCAGUCAUGAGAAUCUGCAUUUAUCCAGUAUUAAGAGGAUUAAGAUUCUGCCAUAGUGAUCACCCACCAUCUUUACUGAAGUAGUAUUUUUGACCAGUGGGCUGCACAGCCUGUCUACUCAAUUGCAAAAGAAAACUAGUUGGACCUUUUUUUACGAGUAAGGAUUUUCCAAUGUGAGCACACUGUUGCUGAACCCCGAUUUCAGCUCUUGAAUAAUUGCACAUAUUUUUUUAUUUUCUGCCAGCAGCUAGGUGACCAGAGUCAAGCUCCAGAUCUUGGCCAUCUGGCCAGUAAUCUUCUACAUGUAUUAAAUGAUAUUGUGGUA